AUGUCUGACCUUUGCCCCGUCUACGCGCCCUUUUUCUCGGCCAUGGGCUGCGCUGCCUCUAUCAUUUUCACUUGCAUUGGUGCAAGUUAUGGUACAGCCAAGUCCGGCGUUGGUAUUUCAGCAAUGUCGGUUCUGAGACCAGAUUUGAUGAUGAAGUGUGUCGUACCAGUUAUCAUGGCUGGUAUCAUUGCUAUCUACGGUCUAGUCGUCUCGGUGCUCAUAGCUGGUGAUCUCGACGCAAAUAUGUCAUUGGCCCACGGAUUCGUUCAACUCGGUGCCGGUCUCUCUGUAGGCCUCGCUGGUCUUGCUGCUGGGUUCGCCAUUGGUAUUGUGGGAGACGCUGGUGUUCGGGGAACAGCUCAACAACCCAGACUCUACGUCGGCAUGAUCCUUAUCCUCAUUUUCGCUGAAGUCCUGGGUCUCUAUGGUCUUAUUGUUGCACUCAUCAUGAACACCAAGACCAGCCCUAUGAAGCUCGUCUGUGGCGCUGCAUGA